AUGGAGAGAGCUCUAGAGCUGAGAAUGCAGGACAUCAGAAAUGAGGAGAAGCAGAUAGAAAAGCAGAAAGAGGAGUGCCGGGUAAUGUUGGAGGAGAUAAAAAUACAUGAAAGAGAGAGACACCAAAUAGAGAUAGAAAAUAGGGAGAUAAAAAGAGAGCGGGAGAGACUGGAAGAGUUGAUGGUGCGAGAGAGAUACAUUGUACAACAGGAAGAAGAACUCACUAAGGAAAGGGAAAUAAUCGCUUCCGAAAAGGAAGAGCUUGAGGAGAUGAUGUUGUGGAAAGAGCAGAUAAUGGAGAGGUUGAACAGUAUCGAGACAACGGAGAGAAUAGUCAUGAAACAGAAACACAAAAUAGCAAAGCAGAGUCAGUUGAUCGCUUUAGAGAUGCAGAAGCUCUCUGAGAGAGAGCAGGAAAUGAAGCAGUUGGAGGAGCUGCAGGAAACAUGGAGGAAAGAGGAAGCUAAAAAGAAAACCGAGCUGAAGAAAGAGCAAGAGAAAUUAUUGGAGGGACAGGCGGCUCUCAGAAUCGAGUGGAGGAAAUUUAAUGAAACAAAACGGCAGAAAUAUGAAGAAUGGAAGAUCAUCAAGGAGGAGAGAUGGGAACUUGACAAAGAGUGGCAUGCUUUGGAAGAGGAGAAAAAAAAGGCAAAGAAAAUUUUAAAAAAGAAAGAGCAAAGCAUUGAGGAAGAAGAGAAAAAGUUGGCACAGAAGAGACAGGAGAUAGAAGAUCAGAGAGCCUGGGCUAGAAAUAAAAAGAAGCUGAAUGAUAAAGACAAGAAAGAGAGGGAAGAAAGAAAGGGGAUAGAGGACGAGAUGGAGGAAGAAAAACAGCAAUUAAGUGAGGAGAGGGAGAGAGAGAGACUAGAAGAUGAAAGGAUGCAGAAAGAGAUGGAGAUUAAACAAGGCAGAAGAAGAAAGACAGAAGGAAGCAAAACGUUGGUGGACAAGAAGAAGUGGAGGUGGAAUCCAUAGGUUGAGGGAAUGAAAAAAAAAAAAGUCCAGUUUCAUUAGUAGAAAGGUUAAAUAGCCUGAUCCCUGUGAUGACUUUGAUACAGAGCUGGACAAGCUGCUGGAUUUACUGCGAUACUGAGCCUCCGUCACACCCUGAGUGCCAUCAACACCCAGUGGGUACUAUGCCACCUCAGAGUAACAAGUUUCAAACCUGUAGAUUUACUAAGUGCAGCAUCAAGAGUUGUCCUAUUGUUUGUGUCAGUUUUUUGAAAAAUGUGUGCAUGGAUGAUGCCCUGCAAUGGACUGAACUCCCAUUUGGGGUGAAUUUUCCUUACUUGCAUCCAGUGUUGCUGGGAUUGGUGGAGACAGUAUAAAAGAAAGCCAUGCAAACCUCCAAAGGAUUAAACCCAGAGACCCUGAAGUUGUGAACAGUGCUACCCACUCUCACACCCUAAAAAAUGCAAGUGCUUUACAAUACAAUAACAUACUGGUUUUAAAAAAUAUCUUAAAUUUCUGUUUCCUUAUUCAAGUAUCUGUUCAGUGAAACAUUAUUUGUUUACUAGAUCCCAUUCCAGCAGGACUUGUUUGUUUAAAACUGUUCAGCUUAAUCUUAAUUUUGUUAAAUGAAAAAUGACAUUUUAGUAGAAUCUCUAUACCACCAACUAUCAUUUAUCAAUCAAUCAUUUAUGCAAACAUUAAAGAUUAUUUUAAUUCAAUUCAAUUUUAUUUCUAUAGCGUUUUUUUACAAUGGACAUUGUCGCAAAAGCAGAUUUACAGGAAUAUAAAAAUUCAGAGUAAAAAUGACAACAUUUUAAAUGUAAUAUUUAAAUUUAUCCCUAAUGAGCAAGCCAGAGGUGAUGGUGGUGAAGAAAAACUCCCUGAGAUGAUACAAGUAAGAAACCUUGAGAGCAACCAGACUCAAAGGAAACCUAUCCUAAUCUGAGUGAUACCAGAGUGUGACUAUAAAUAAUUUCCCUCCUAACUAUACAGUCAAGAAAAAGUGUGUAACCAGGAGCUUUUGAGCAACUUAUGAGUACUUUUUUAAACUGUCAUUGUGUGAUUCAAAAUAAUCUCAUCAUGUCCAAGUCAAUCAUGUUCUUUAGACUUAUAGAUCUUAUAUAUAUAUAUAUAUCCAUCCUUUUUUUCCUGUAUAAAAGGUGCUUGUUGAGCUCCAGGAGCUCUGUGAGCUCCGAUAAAAAGUAAGACAAGCUCAUUUCUCAAAGUCUUCCUAGAUGAAGAUGUUAAAUAAGCAUGUCUGACAUUUCUGCUGGAGCUCAGUGGGACAAACUACACGAGCAUCAGCUACACAGCUGGAGACCUACAUUUCUGUUCUCAUUAAAAUGAACAUGCUCUUGUAGGGACGGAUGUUUAACCAGGGCUGUACAUGCUAUAGUUAUAAAUGAAUAGGAAUGGGAGAAUAGAGGAACAUUCAAAAAAUCCCUUCUGUUUCUCUUAGAGAAAAAAAAAAAAGUGAUUUAUAGGAUUAUAAUUUAGACUCAUAUUGUACUUCCUCCUGAAGUUUCCUCAUAUUGUCAUUAUGUGAUAGAUGGCUGAGAUGAAAUGAUCUCUGUACCAAGAGAAUGUAUUACUGCAGCUCUUUAACUUAUAUUCCAAUUGCCUAAUGCUUUUAUCCGAACAGAAAUCAUACAGUCCAAUCAGACAAAAAUUUGAUGUGCAAGAUAAGAAUUCUUAGCUUGUCUCAGAAAUGGAAAAUUAGAAUAAAAACAUAAGGCUUUUACCCAGAGGAAAUGCUGAAGGACAGGGGGAACUUCACACAUAGGGUAGAGACAAGAAUUGAACCCACAACCCCAGAGGUGCAAGUCAGAUGCAAGAACCACUCAUCAAUGUACCCUUUGCAAAUAUAUCAUACUGUUCCUUCAUCAAGAAGGAGUCAUUUUUGGCCAGAUGCUACUUGUGAGAUUUACUACAACAGCAGUUAACAACAAAAUGUUGCCUUCACUGCUUUCUAUCAGACAGCCCAGCCCUCUAUUACACUGUGUGAGAAUUUGAGAGCUGAGUGAAACAGGAAACUCCACAUGUUCAUAGUUAUUCAGUUCAGUAGGGGGAUCUCUUUGAUUUAUUGUUGUCCAAAAAAUGGUGUCAUUUUCACUUACAUAAAGAUGAUGCUGUGCUUGCUGCAGCCUGAUUGGAGGAUAGUUCUACAGAAUCACACUUUCUAAUGCUCAACCCUGCACCUGGAGUACGUCAUCCUACAGUUUUAUGUUUUUACAUUGCAGUU